AUGGAGGGUCUACAGAGACGUCUGCCUGUAGCCUUCCUCCUCAUUCUGCCUCUACUGUGUGUCAGCGCUGUCGCCAAUCCAAAAACUACAGUUUCCUGGUGUGUAUUGUCUAAUGCUGAAGAGCGGAAGUGUCUGGAUCUGGCUGGGAACGCCACGGCUCGGAAUAUUAGAGGAACGUUGCAAUGCGUCCGUGGCCUGAACACCAGAGACUGUAUCGACAGAAUCAAGAAUGGGACAGCGGACGCAGCCUCCAUGUUUGCAGAUGACAUUUAUGCUGCUGGCCUCUGUCACGGACUGGAUCUGGCUGCUGGAGAGUCCCACAACGGAGUUAACGGUAUCAGUUACUACGUGGUGGCGAUGGCUCGUCGCUCCUCAUCAGACCUGUCCCUGCUGGAGAUGCACGAACGCAGCUCCUGUCACCCCGGCAUGAGAACCACAGUGGGAUGGACCGUCCCUAUUGGCUACCUGGUCAACACAUCCCAGAUCAGCGUAGGGGAGCAGUGCAACUUCCCCAAAGCGGUCGGAAACUUCUUUGGUUACAGCUGCGUGCCGGGUGCCAAAGACCCCCAUCAUGACCCCAGAGGCAACAACCCGAGGAACCUGUGCGAGGCCUGCAUAGGAGACGAGUACGACAGACACAUCUGCGCCAGCAGCCACAGAGAGAGACACUACGGAGAGUCGGGGGCAUUGAGAUGCGUGGCUGAAAAUCUGGGGGAUGUGGCCUUUGUCAAACACACAACAGUCUUUGACAAUUUGGACGGUAAGAACCAGGAGUCCUGGGCUCUGGACCUGGAGCUGGAGGACCUGAAGCUGCUGUGCCCAGAUGGGACGGAGGCCGGCCUGGAGGAGCAUGAACACUGCCACCUGGCAGCCGUCCCCACCAACGCUGUGGUGGUGCGUGUGGAGGACAAGUGCCGCGUCUGGAAGUUCCUGGAACGCUUACAGAACGCGUUUGGCAACGCCAAGGAGGGCUUCCGCCUGUUCAGCUCAGCGGGCUAUGGCGAAUCUGAUCUGCUCUUCAGUGAUGCCACCCACCACCUGCAGAGGGUUCUGGGUAGCUACACCUCCUGGCUGGGCCCCACUUACAGCACCAUGCUGAAAGCCUUCGAGUGUGAGGCCUCCCGCGUCUCCCUGCGGUUUCUCUGCUGUGAAAGGCCGCCGCUGUUCUGCUCUGGCGACAGCGCCGAGCGAGCGGAGAGGGCGGAGGGCUCGUUUGGCAGUCCUCCGUGCCGGCCUCCUCUCACUGCCCUGGGGGUAAACACCAUGCCGAUCGACCAGCAGCGGCCCCCUGAGCGUUUUACCACCCGAGCCUCCGAACAAUGCCUGCAAACAUCCAAUCCAAGCUGA